AAUGGCUGACGAGGCGGCGUCCGGAUGCAGAAACUUUGCGCGGAAUGGCGACGUCUAAACUCAGUUGGGUGCGAAGAUUCCGGCGUCCUUUCCCGUCGUUUGUGAGCUGACUCCAUAGGAGUAGGCAAUCGAUAGUUUGAGUGGUGGAGACCACAAAUACUUUAAUUUUUAGACAGUCUUGUUUGGAUACCUUUCGCUUGAUGACCUGGACCAAGUGAUUCCAUCGUACCUGGGACGCCAGGAAGCGGCUCAGCUUCUGCGUCGGGUGGGGCCAGGUUUUUGCGGUGUGCCAGACAUUCCCUUAGGAUGAACCAUGGCAUCAAGUUGGGGGCAUCACUAGCUUCUGGAUGCAACUGACACCUGGCUGCCUGGGAGACACCACAGGCAUGGAUGAUAAAGGGGACCCGAGUGGGGACGAAGCACCCAAGGCCAUCAAACCCACGAGUAAGGAGUUCAGGAAAACCUGGGGAUUCCGGAGAACCACCAUCGCCAAGCGCGAGGGUGUGGGUGACGUGGAGGCUGAGUCUCCAGAGCGGCCGCUACAGCCGGCACAGAGCCUGUCCCUGCGGCGCAGCGGACGGCAGCCCAAGCGCACGGAGCGGGUGGAGGAGUUCCUGACGACUGUCAGGCGCAGGGGCAGAAGGAGCGCGCCCGCCACCCUGGAAGACACCGGAGAGCCCACGUCCUGCCCGGUCACUGACGCUGAGACGGCCUCGGAAGGGAGCGUAGAGAGUGUCUCUGAGGCUAAGAGCGGCCUGAAGCCCGGGGCCACCGACGCCAAGGAAGGACCAGGCUCCCUCGGGAAGGAGGGGGACACCUCUGAUAGUGACAGUGAUGGGCUAACUCUGAAAGAGCUUCAGAAUCGCCUGAGAAAGAAACGGGAGCAGGAACCCGCCGAGAGACCCCUGACCCGUCUGAAGAAGAGGCGGCACGAGGAGGACCCGGAGGAAGCGAUGGGUGUGGAGGCAGCCCCUGCCUCCGGGAAUGCCCAGCCUGGCCAGGGCCAGCCUGAGGCCGGCCAGGUGGCCAGGGACAGUCAGCCAGAAGGGAGAGUGGCUCAGGGACUCGGAGCGCAUGAGCCCACAGAGUCGCUCAAGCACAAGCCCGAGUGUGAGGGGUACGACCCCAAUGCCCUGUACUGCCUGUGCCGGCAGCCCCACAACAACAGGUUCAUGAUCUGCUGUGACCGCUGCGAAGAGUGGUUUCACGGUGACUGUGUGGGCAUCUCUGAGGCACGAGGGAGGCUUCUGGAGAGGAACGGGGAGGAUUACAUCUGCCCCAACUGCACCCUUCUGCAAGGGCAGGAUGAGGGAGAUGCCCGGGACUCAGACCAGCAGGAAGCCACACAGCGGUUUGGCCGGGUAGAUGGCACUGACUUCACCAGCAUAGGGACAGUCGAGCAGAAGUCCAGUGAAGACCAAGGGAUCAAGGGUCGCAUUGAGAAAGCGGCAAACCCCAGUGGCAAGAAAAAGCUCAAGAUAUUCCAGCCUGUGAGUCAUUGGUCCACAGAGGUCGCCGAGGCUCCUGGGGCCUCAAAGUGCAUUGGCCCUGGGUGUCCCAAUGUUGCCCAGCCUGACUCCGUGUACUGCAGCAACGACUGCAUUCUGAAGCACGCUGCAGCCACCAUGAAGUUCCUGAGCUCAGGAAAAGAGCAGAAGCCCAAAGUGAAGGAGAAGCCCAAGCUGAAACCUGAAAAGUUCGGCCUCCUGAAGUGCAGCGUCCAGGCAGGCGUUCGAGUUUCUCCUGCUCCCAAGAGACCUGCUCCAGACAAAAAGGAGGGCGUUGCAAAGAAGAUGGCCGUGGCGCCUGUGAGGAGCGACACGCUGGCUAUGGAGGCCACCCCUGAGAGCAGCACACCGUCCUGGGCCAGCGACCACAAUUACAAUGCUGUAAAACCAGAAAAGACUGCUGCUAGUUCGGCAUCCCUGUUGUGUAAAUCUGUGAAGGAUGAACAGAGGCCGAGGGAGAAGACAGCAGUUGCUGCGGUGACAGUCCCCAACAAGAAAGUGGCUCCGUCGGGCCCCACGCUCAGCAAGCAGCCUUCCGCCACGCCUGGAAAGUUUGUCCCAAAGAGGUCGCCUGCUUUUGCUCACAUGUCGGCCGCCAAGCCAUUGGUCAAGAAGUUGCCCUCAGCUUUCAAGGGGACCAUACCGAAGAGGCCCUGGCUCUCGGCUGUGCCCACGGGUAGUGCCUCUGCUGCCAAGCCGCCAGGGCUGACAGUGUCUGGCCCUAAGAAGGUAGCCGGCCCUUCUGUGGCUGGCUCACUCCGGAAGCCUAUGUUGGGAUCUGCCCCAGCGGCCUCUCCUUCCCCAGCACGGCUGGCAGCUGAGGGUCCUGCCCCAUCACAGCCCAACUCGCAGAUCCGCCAGAACAUAAGGCGCUCCCUCAAAGAGAUCUUGUGGAAAAGAGUCAGCGACAGCGACGACCUGACCAUGACGGAAAAUGAGGUGGGCCGUGUGGCCCUCCACAUCGAGAAGGAGAUGUUCAGACUCUUUCAGGUCACAGACAGCCGCUAUAAGAGCAAGUACCGCAGCAUCAUGUUCAACCUCAAGGACCCAAAGAACCAGGGACUCUUCCAUCGGGUUCUUCGGGAGGAAAUCUCGCUGGCGAAGCUUGUGAGGAUGAGACCAGAAGAGCUCGUUUCCAAGCAGCUGUCCUCGUGGCGAGAGAGGCCGGCGAAAUCGGGGGCAGAGGCCAGAGCCAAACUGCACGGCGAAAGCAAAAAGGCGGCCGUUCCACAGGAGCCCCUCCCUGAUUUGGAAGACUCCCCGCCUGUUUCGGAUUCAGACGAGCAGCCUGAGGCAGCCCGCGUGGCCCCCGAGAGGAGCAGUGCCCCCCUGCUGGAUGCCUGCAGCAGCAUGCUUAGAGACACCACCGCCCAGCACCGCGCACAUCUGUUCGACCUCAAUUGCAGAAUCUGCACAGGUCAGGUUUCUUCCGAUGGUGAGCCAGCGCUGAAAAAGCCCAAGCUGUCGGUGGCGGCAGCGAAGAGAGACGACAGCAGGUCCCAGUAUGACGGCGGCCUACCAGGGCCUGCGCCUCCAGCUGAUGAAGCAGCACCCAACAGUCCCCCUGAGGGCGCUGUGGACCCCGAGCCCAAGCGGGUGCCUCGGGCAGACGGUGACAGAAACCAGCCUCCAGGUUUCAGCCACCUGGAGCCGGCUCCCUUGCAGGACUUUGCCUCCUUCCCGGCCUCCUGUGGGGGCCCAGUGGUUACCACAGUCACGGUGUCUGGCAGAGACCCCAGGACUGUGCCAAGUUCGAUACCAGCCUCCAUGGCAGCCCGCCCCAGCAGCGGCCUGGUCCUGGACAAUGCCCACUCAGAAAGCAAACCAGACAUGCUGAAGCCAGCUCUGCCCUCUGUGGUGAUGCCUAAGUCCAUCCUGGCCAAGCCGUCGUCCUCCCCGGAACCAAGUAUCUUAGAGUCGAGGUCACCCCCAGAAGGGGACACGGCGCUCUUCCUGUCUCGGCUGGGCACCAUCUGGAAAGGAUUCAUCAACAUGCAGAGUGUGGCGAAAUUUGUCACGAAGGCCUAUCCGGUGUCAGGCUGUUUUGAUUACCUCAGUGAGGACUUGCCCGACACGAUUCACAUCGGCGGAAGGAUCCUGCCUAAGACUGUCUGGGAUUACGUCGGCAAGCUCAAGUCUUCUGUGUCUAAGGAGCUGUGUCUCAUUCGCUUUCACCCUGCGACGGAGGAGGAAGAGGUGGCCUACAUCUCCCUGUACUCGUAUUUUAGCAGCCGCGGCCGUUUCGGGGUCGUGGCCAAUAAUAACAGGCACAUCAAGGACCUCUACCUGAUUCCACUGAGCUCGAAGGACCCUGUGCCGUCCAAGCUCUUGCCCUUUGAAGGGCCAGGUCUGGAGUCCCCGCGCCCGAACAUCAUCCUGGGGCUCGUCAUCUGUCAGAAAGUCAAGCGCCCCUCCAACACCAGCGAGGCGGACAAGGUGGAUGAGAAGCGCAGCCGAGUUCAGAGCCAGGAAGACGGGGAUGCCCUGACCUACCCUAAAGCCGCCCCUGUGCCACAGGCCGACAAGAAGGUCCCCAAGUAUCAGCUCCAGGCCCCAGACUCCGUCACCAGCACCACACCCCCUGGGUCCCCGCCGCCACCCCCACCGCCCCCACCCCCACCGCCCCCAGAGACCCCGGGCACCCCAGCCUCUUCGUCUUCACUCAGAACGGGAGCCCCACCCACUGCUCCGGCUCCAGCUGCACCCCCAGCUGUCCCGGCCACCGCCACAGCCCCCACACCCACCUCGAAGUCUGCCUCGCCCCUCGAGCACAUCCUGCAGACCCUCUUUGGGAAGAAGAAAUCCUUUGACUCCGUCUCUAGAGAGUCCUCGGAGCCGCUUCCGGCUGGCCCGCAGGACUCCCAACCCAAGGGGGACAGCACGCUGGCAGCAACCCCACUGCUGGACCCCAUAGUGCAACAGUUUGGUCAGUUCUCAAAAGAGAAGGUUCUGGAGGAGGAGGAGGACGACCGUCCCUACGACCCCGAGGAAGAGUAUGAUCCCGAGCGAGCCUUCAGCACCCCCCUCCCCCAGCCCCAUGUGGCCGCCGAGCCCCAGCCCUCCGAGCCGGAGGACGUGGCCUACGACCCUGAGGAUGAGACCAUCCUGGAGGAAGCCAAAGUUACUGUUGAAGACCUACCCAACCGGAUGUGUGCCGACGCCCGAGGCGGGGAGCGGCCAGCGGAGGGCACUGCGGGCACAGCCCCGCCCUCCCUGGUGCAGCAGCAGAAGCUGCUGGAGGAGCUCAACCAGCAGAUCGAGGAGCAGAAGCGGCAGCUGGAGGAGCAGGAGGAGGCUCUGCGGCAGCAGAGGGCUGCCGUCGGCGUGUCCAUGGCCCACUUCUCCGUGUCAGACGCACUGAUGUCGCCGCCUCCCAAGGCCGCCGCGACGUUCCUUCCAGAGCAGCCGGCCCUGGCCCCUGCCACAUGCCAGGCGGCCCAGGGCUCAGAGGCUAGGCCCAGCCGAGACCCGAGGCAGGCCAGGAGACUGGCCACCGAGAGCGGGGAGGGCGAGGGGACCUCAAGGCCUUCGACCAACCCCGGGGGUGGCCUCCCAUCUCCUAGAGAGGACCGUGGGGAGCAGGCCCCGCCAGGGCGCAGCCAGGACCCCCAGCAGAGUGUGCACCUGGAGCCCCCAGCCAGGCCGCCCACUGAGCCCUCUGCCAAGCCAGCACGCAAAGUCCUGCUGCCCACGCCCCCCAGCAGUGCCUUCCAGCCCCCGAGCUUUGGGGCUGCUCCUGGAGGACGGGACCCCAUGGCGGGCACAGUGUUUGCCUCGCAAGAAAAGGCACUGGGCCUGCCUCAGAGCGAGGGUCCAAGGAGCCCUCCAUUCCCAGAGAGAAACGGCCGCCCUGCUGCCGAGCUUGAAGGAGAGAGGGGGCCCCAGCCCAGGCCUGGCGAGGGCCCUCCAAUGAUACAGAAAGGCGGAGGACCCCCACCCCAGGGCCAGCGGGAGCAUGCCCCUCUCGCCUUUGCAGUGCUAGGGCCCCAUGGCCCUGGCUUCCCAGGACCCAGAGGCCCCGUUCCCUCAUUUCCAGAAGAAGGGGUCAGCAACGAUGGACCACGGGGUCCCCUGCCUGCCCGGUUUGGGGCCCAGAAGGGGCCUAUCCCCUCCUUGUUCGCAGGCCAGCAGGGGCCACCUUAUGGGGACCCCAGGGGCCCCUCCCCAUCAUACCUGGGCGGGCCUAGAGGGGGUGCACCAUCACAGUUUGAAGAGCGUGGUGACCCCCACGGGGAGAAAAGAGACUUCCAGGAUACCCCAUAUUCAGAGAUGUCUGGCCCACCUCCCCAGUUUGAGGGCCAGGAGCCAGCCCCCUUCAUGGGGCCACGAGGCACAGCCCCGUUCCAGUUCACAGGGCAGAGGCGGCCACUGCCGGCGCAGUUUAGGGGGCCACGUGGAGGGCCCCCGCCCUCCCAGUUUGGAGGCCAGCGAGGCCCACCCCCUGGGCACUUUGGAGGCCCCAGGGGGCCCCAUCCCAACCAGUUUGAAGGGCCCAGAGGCCAGGCCCCAAACUUUAUGGCAGGACCUCGGGGGGCUCCCCCCCAGCAGUUUGAGGAGCCGAGGGUAAACUCACCACCACGAUUCUCGAACCAGAGGGCGCCAGCCCCGCUCCCAUUUGGGGGUCCUCGGGGCUCUGUACCCUUCCUAGAGAAGAACGAGCAGGCUCCGCCACGCUUCCACUUUCAGGGCCAGCCCCCCCAGGGCACGAAGCCAGGCCCAAGGCCCCUGCUGGAGCUGCCCAGUCACCCACCUCCCAGGAAGGACCGCUGGGAUGAUGCGGGGCCUGCCGCCAACAUGGUGGCCAGCGGGCCUGCGCCUGGCCCCGAAGCCGAGUCAUGGCCGCAGGCUGACUUCCGAGAGGGCAAAGGGCACGAAUACAGGGCCCAGGCCUUCGAGGGCAGGCUCAGGGAGAAGACUCUGGAGGAGGCUGAGGCCCAGCCGGUGGAUGGCCGGCAGGGCCGGGCCUUUGAGGAGCGGCGUCGAGAGCGGGAGCACGGGAAGGCCUGGGAGCGGGACCGUGGCAAGAACUGGGGCCGGGACUGGGACAGGCACAGAGACAAAGACCCGAGGAGCACCAGCAGGGACAAGGACAGGGAGGCGGAGCGCAGCCGGGAGUGGGAGCGCAGCCGGGAUCGAGGUAGGAACCGCGGCGACCGGGACCGGAGGCGGGACAGAGACCGCUCCAGGAGCAGGGACCGCGACCGAGACAAAGCCCGAGACAAGGGCCGGGACCGCAGGGAGAGGAGCCGCAGCAGGGAGCGCCCCCGGGAGCUGAAGCCCGACACCCCCAGGGGCCAGGACACGGCUGGGCCUAUCCCUGCUGCCCAGUCCUAGUGGCCUGGUGCGGGUGCCCACGGCUGCCUGUGCCCGGGGCGCCCAAUAGACUACUCAGCAGAGAUGCUGUUUCAAAGCCAAGUUUAUAAAGCGUGUUGAACAAAACGUUUUGAAAUGACUGUGAACUUAGGUGAAGAACAAUAUUCAGGACUCCCACGGUUACUGUGCUUUUGUGUCGAACACUGUCCUAGGGAGUUUCCCACCUUUUCAAUUCUGAUGCUUUUGUAAAGAUCUUAAGAACUCUUAAUAUUUCCGUUUAAAAUGACAAAUGGGAACGUCUACAAAAGCAUAUUGCUUUCCAAAUUAUAAAGUUAUCUUUUCUGAUGACUUGUAAUUGUAAGGGAUUUCAGUGGACCUUAAAGCCAUAUUCUAGCGAUAUCAUUCUCUGCUGCCAGCGUGCUGUCAGCAGCAGCUCCUCCUGCCGUCUCUGGAGGGCUUCCCACAAGGGCAGUCGCAAGGCGGCCUGUGCAGGAAAGUGGAAAACAGUAUUAUUAGUUUGUAUUUGGAAAGUGGAGUAAACAAAAGUUGUGCGUGCAUUUUUAUGGUUGUCGUAAAAAGAAAUUGGAGUUACCAAAUUUCAGUCAGGGAAAACAAGCCGUAUUUCUUCAGUUUGCUCAGUUUUUAUGUAUUGUCUAUAAAUUUCUUCCAAGUGUGAUUAAAAGCAACAGCUGAGUAGAAUUUAUGUUGUAAAUGACGAUGGAUUGAUGUUUAAAUUUUACCAUCCUCAAGAAAGUGAGAAAAUAAACCAAUGAAGUAUGCUUUAAAGAAAGGCCCGGGGGUGGGGGUAGGUCUUUGUUUUGCAUAAUCAGGAGCUUUUUGUGGGUGGGAUUUUGUCACCUGGGCAGUUCUUCCCACGGCUCAGAAAGGUCUGCUGGGCCUCAAACUGGUCACAGCCGGCAGCUGAUCCAUUUGAAGGUUGGUCAUUGAAAAUGGCACAUUUAUCUCCAAGUCUGGUCCUGGUUCAGGAACUACAGAGGAAAUUGGAAGGUUUCUCUGAAAACCCACCCUGCCCCUUCCGUGGGGAUUUUCAAGUUCCCAAGUAUGAGAUAGAAAACCUUGCUGGUUUAUUUGACUGUACCAACAUACUUUGAUAACUUUUGUGUUCUCAUAAACUGCAACUUUGGCGAGUGUAAGACUAGCAGUCCCUUCGUUCUUUGGAGUCUGGCCCCGCUGCAGCACGCAGUUCUCAGUGAGGAAACCCUGGAUGGCGUCUCUCCCAAGUGUCAGCAGGUUCAAGUCGGUCCCCAACAUGUAGCACGCAGUGAAGGUUUUUUUUUAACAUGUAAAAACUCAAAUUUUGUAAUUUAAAUACCCAAAUGUAAAAAUCAAGUGUGUUUCGUUAGGUUUACUUGAUAGAAAUUUCUGUAUGUAAAUUGUAUUUUAUAUUGCAAACUAUUAAAACAUGGAACUUGA